AGCCCGCAGAAGCAAGGCGGGCUCAGGGCUUGUGGGGAGGGUAGGAGGUGCCAAAGCUCCAGACCUGAGGCCCUGCUGGCCCCUGGGCCCAGGCCCAGCUCCUGCCUCCAGGGAUGGACCUCAUGGAUCCUGACAUCUUUAACAGGGACCCUCGGGACCACUAUGACCUGUUGCAACGGCUGGGUGGCGGCACCUAUGGGGAAGUCUUCAAGGCACGAGACAAGGUGUCCGGGGACGUGGUGGCACUGAAGAUGGUGAAGAUGGAGCCUGACGAUGAUGUCUCCACCCUUCAGAAGGAAAUCCUCAUUUUGAAAACUUGCCGGCAUGCCAACAUCGUGGCCUACCACGGCAGCUACCUCUGGUUGCAGAAGCUCUGGAUCUGCAUGGAAUUCUGUGGGGCUGGUUCUCUCCAGGACAUCUACCAAGUGACCGGCUCCCUGUCCGAGCUGCAGAUUAGCUACGUCUGCCGGGAAGUGCUCCAGGGACUGGCCUACCUGCACUCCCAGAAGAGGAUUCACCGGGACAUCAAGGGAGCCAACAUCCUUAUCAAUGACUCUGGGGAGGUCAAGCUGGCUGACUUCGGUAUCUCGGCUCAGAUUGGGGCGACGCUGGCUCGACGCCUCUCCUUCAUUGGGACCCCCUACUGGAUGGCUCCAGAAGUGGCUGCAGUGGCCCUAAAGGGGGGAUAUAAUGAGCUGUGCGACAUCUGGUCCCUGGGCAUCACCGCCAUCGAGCUAGCCGAGUUACAGCCGCCACUCUUUGAUGUGCACCCUCUCAGAGUUCUUUUCCUCAUGACUAAGAGUGGCUACCAGCCUCCCCGGCUGAAGGAAAAGAGCAAAUGGUCAGCUGCCUUCCACAACUUUGUCAAAGUCACCCUCACUAAGAGCCCCAAGAAACGACCUGGUGCCACCAAGAUGCUCAGUCAUCAGCUGGUGUCCCAGCCUGGGCUGAACAGAGGCCUGAUCCUGGAUCUUCUUGACAAACUGAGGAACCCUGGGAAGGGGCCCCCUGUUGGUGAGAGUGAAGAUGACGAGCCUGAGCCACCCCCUGCCAUCCCUCGGCGGAUCAGAUCCACCCACCGGGCCAGCUCUCUGGGGACUCCAGAUGCAGACUGCUGUCGGCGGCACAUGGAGUUCCAGAGGCUCCAAGGAGUAGAGCCCAGACCCCCGGCUGACGUGGCACGUUUCCAGCCCCCUGGAGAUCUCAGGAGCAGCAGUCCCAGGAGCCACCUGUCAGAGUCGGAUGACGACUACGAUGACGUGGACAUCCCUGCCCCUGCAGAGGACACACCUCCCCCACUGCCCCCCAAGCCCAAGUUCCGGUCUCCCUCAGAUGACGGUGCUGGGGGGCUGGGGGACGAAGGGCAGCUGAGCCCCGGGGUGUUGGUCCGGUGUGCCAGCGGGCCUCCCCCACGGACCCCUUGUCCCGGGCCUCCUCCAGUCACCCGCAGCCCCCAUCUCACCGCGCACUCAGAGCCCUCCCUCUGGAACCCAGCUUCCCGGGAGCCUGACCAGCCCCCACUGCUGCCCCCUAAGAAAGAAAAGAUGAAGCGGAAGGGAUGCACCCUUCUCGUGAAGCUGUUCAAUGGCUGUCCCCUCCGGAUCCACAGCACAGCUGCCUGGACACACCCCUCUACCAAGGACCAGCACCUGCUCCUCGGGGCAGAGGAGGGCAUUUUCAUCCUGAACCGGAAUGAUCAGGAGACCACACUGGAGAUGCUCUUUCCUAGUCGGACAACCUGGGUGUACUCCAUCAACAACGUCCUCAUGUCUCUGUCAGGAAAGACCCCCCACCUGUAUUCUCAUAGCAUCCUCGGCCUACUGGAACGGAAGGAGACCAGAAUGGGAAGCCCCAUGGCUCACAUUAGCCCCCACCGGCUACUGGCAAGGAAGAACAUGGUCUCCACCAAGAUCCAGGACACCAAGGGCUGCCGGGCGUGCUGCGUGGCGGAGAGUGCGAGCUCCGGGGGCCCUUUCCUAUGCGGGGCAUUGGAGACGUCAGUGGUUCUCCUCCAGUGGUACCAGCCCAUGAACAAGUUCCUGCUUGUCCGGGUAAGGGUUUUAGGGCAGGGUGUCCUGGGGACUCUGGGGCACGCAGUGGCUUGGGCCUUCCACACUUUGCUCUGGCCUGGAGAGCACCACGAAGCCCCACCUCCCCCGAGGCCUUGCCCCGGAGGCCCCGCCCCCGCUGGCCCCGCCCCCCGCGGGUGGCUCUCCCCAGACCGAGCCACACCCCCCGAGGCCGCACCCCUUAUUUGCCAAGGUGGCUCGACCUCCGAGGCCUCUGACUCCCCUGAGACGAGCUCAGAGCUGCCGGCCGUGUGCAUCGGCGUGAGCCCCGGGCGGCCAGCGAAGUCGCUGCUUUUCCACACCGUGCGCUUCGGCGCGCUGUCCUGCUGGCUGGGCGAGAUGAGCACGGAGCACAAGGGAGCAGUGCAGGUGACCCAGGUAAAGGAUGACAUGGUGAUGGUGUUGAUGGAUGGCUCUCUGAAACUGGUGACCCCAGAAGGUGCCCCAGUCCCGGGCCUUCGCACCCCGGAGAUCCCCAUGACAGAGGCGGUGGAGGCCGUGGCUAUGGUCGGGGGUCGGCUUCAGGGCUUCUGGAAGCAUGGAGUGCAGGUGUGGGCUCCAGGAUCGGACAGGCUACUGCAGGAGCUGAGAGACCCCACCCUCACAUUCCGUCUGCUUGGCUGUCCCAGGCCUGUAGUGGUGGAGACACGACCAGCAGAUGAUCCUACUGCACCCAGCAACCUCUAUAUUCAGGAAUGAGUCCUCAGGGGCGUGUCAGGACCAGACCCUGCACCCUAUCUCCAACAGACACACUAGUGGCCAUGUCACGUCCCAGUCUUCCAAUAAACAUGAUGUUAGC